ACAUUAUCGAUAACCAAGAUGAUGUUCGGGGAAAGGUAAUCUCACUCGAUCCAGGUGUUCGCACGUUUAUGACCGGUUACGAUCCUGACGGUCAAUUAAUCGAGUGGGGUAAUGGUGAUCUCAACAAAAUAUUCAAACUAUCCAAGAAAUAUGACAAAUUACAGAGCGACAAGGAUUUUGCGUUAGGGCGAACAAACAAGAGAAAAAGAUUUAGAUUAAAAAAAAAAAUGUUGCGAGUUAUACAACGAAUCCGUCAUUUAAUAGAUGAGUGCCAUCAUCAGCUCACGAGAUGGUUGUGCACGAAUUACGAGAUCAUCUUGUUACCUAAAUUCGAAUCUUCGAGAAUGGUUUUAAAGAAUAAGAGAAAGAUUCGGUCGAAGACUGCUCGCGCAAUGCUGACUUGGUCGCAUUUCAGGUUCCGGAUGUUCUUACAACAUAAGGCAAGGGAGUUCCGCAUUUGCAAGAUCAUCAAGUGCACCGAGGAAUACACGUCCAAGACAUGCGGGUGUUGUGGGUUCGUGAAGAAUGACCUCGGAGGAUUAAAAACGUUCAAAUGUGAUUCGUGCGAAGUGGAGAUGGAUCGGGACACGAACGGUGCCAGAAAUAUCUUGCUCAAAUAUUUGACAGAGGGUCAGGCUUUGGCCUGA